CUCCUAUCCUGCUGCAUUCUUCAUCCCAUCCAUUAUUCUUAUUCUUCUUCUUAUUCUUAUCGUUGCUCGUUCGGUCCUCCGUGCACCCUGCACCAAGUGGCCAUCCGUCGCUCCCUUACAAUCAAUUCCUUCUCCCCUCUUGUCCUCUCCUUUGCUCCCCUUUUCUUUUGUCCACUCAGCAGCCCUUGCGCAGUCCACUUUCGUCUGUCCCGUGGCCGAGGCCAGACCGCCUAUUAGAUCAUUGCAUCAGCACGCGACCAACCUCGCCCCUUCUGGCCCCGACCGACUUUGCCUUGCGUUCGGCGAAAAUCUGGCCCAGCACUGCUCCGUCCACAACAUUUCCUCCCAAAAACUAACAGCGAUUUCGCCUGCUGUGUGAAAUAGGCUCGUUCCGGUUUUCCGAUGUGACCAGCUCGCCUCGCCGAGAACGUGCAGCCGCUAAAUUUUCGACAUGGCGGUUGGGGCUUCACGAAACAUCACCGGCCACCACAGGCGGCGUAGCUCUGUUUUGACUGCUGCUGGCCCCUCGCAGCUACAUGCGGUGCCGACCGAGAACUAUGUCGAACGAGAGGGCCGUCUGAGCCCUAGAGAGGAUGGUCCCAAAGGUGAUGACCAGCGGUCGCUCACCCAAGAGGACACCGACUCCUCUGAUCUUUCAUCCAUCGCAGAAUCGAAUGAAGCCGACUCCGACGACGGUAUUAACGAUGAUGAGGAGACUGGUUUGACGGCGAAGCAACGAAACGAGCGACGGCUACGAAGGAAGAAGCAGCGCAGAAAACUCGAUGCCAGAAUCGCCGGAGUCAAGGGCAAAACAACCAAUGUAACUGCGGAUAAGAGUGUCGCUAUGAAAUUGAUGAAAAAUGUAGCCUUGAUCGGCCUGUGGUAUUUUUUUUCAUUGUCCAUCUCAAUAUACAACAAAUGGAUGUUCUCAGAAGACGACGUUGUUUUCCCGUUCCCCGUUUUCACCACCAGUCUGCACAUGCUCGUACAAUUCACACUCGCCGCUCUUAUACUCUACUUCAUACCCUCUCUCCGUCCAAAACGGCCUCAUUCCGCCUCCGACGAACCUGAGCCGAUUAUGUCUAAAAUGUUUUACCUGACUCGACUCGUUCCAUGUGGCACCGCAACAUCCUUGGACAUUGGUUUGGGCAACAUGUCCUUGAAAUACAUCUCUCUCACCUUUCUCACUAUGUGCAAGUCAUCAGCACUUGCCUUCGUUCUUCUCUUUGCAUUUGUCUUUCGAUUGGAGUCACCCUCGGUGAAACUCAUAGUUGUCAUCGCGACCAUGACGGUUGGUGUGAUUAUGAUGGUCGCAGGAGAGACGGCUUUUGAUGUACGGGGCUUCGCGCUUGUCAUCGCGUCGGCUUUCUUCUCUGGCUUUAGAUGGGGCCUCACACAGAUUCUUCUCCUUCGAAACCCAGCAACCUCCAACCCAUUCUCAACCAUGUUUUUCCUUACUCCCGUCAUGUUUAUCUCCUUACUUGCCAUCGCCAUUGGUAUAGAGGGUCCGAAUGAUGUCGCUGAAGGACUCAAAACUUUAUCUGCUACUCAUGGCCCUCUGCGCGCAUCUCUUCUCCUAAUAUUUCCAGGAGCUUUGGCGUUUUGCAUGAUAGCUUCUGAAUUCGCCUUGCUCAAACGCUCAUCAGUGGUCACUUUGAGCAUCUGUGGAAUAUUCAAGGAGGUUGUGACCAUUAGUGCAGCAGGCGUGGUUUUCCAUGAUAAAUUGACGGUCAUCAAUGUAUCUGGUUUGGUCGUGACCAUUGCCAGUAUUGCGGCGUAUAAUUAUAUGAAGAUCAGCAAAAUGAGAGCAGAUGCUCUCAUGGAACUUGAAGAGCCCGAGGUGGAAGAGUAUAGCAUCUCACCAGUUCCCGAAUUCUCCAAUAGACAGAACCGUGCUCCUAACUAUGGGCUGGGCCUUGGAUUUGGCACGGGUGAUGGUGAAACCCGAGGGGCUUACCACUCCGUUCCAGAGGACGUUCCCGACCAGUAUCUGCAGAGCAAUGAAGAAGGCGAUGAAAAUGUCAACAUCACACCAAGAAAUGAUGUCCGUCGUGGUCGAUUUUCUUUUCCUGUACACGCCAGCGGUACCUUUGCAGCCCCAGGUGGGCUGCAAGAAGAGCUGCAACAACCACAACUACAACCACCACCCCCACAACAUCAACAAGAACCUGCUUCGCAGGAUGGUGCAUAGUCACUGCACGGUGACGACCCACAUCGUACAGCAUUAGAAUAGUUCCUUGUUGUUAUGGAUUUGUUCUUCGGGUUCAUAUGACUGUAUACCCUGAUAUAUGUAUUUUUUUUUUGAACUGUGGGCGUGUCUUGAACGCAUGAACAAUAAAUGCUUGGUCUGAUAGAUCCAAAAUUUGAUCAAUCAGAUGAAUAGUUUUAUACCCGAAAUUAUCAGCCUGUCUGCACAUGAAUGACUUUAGAAAAUUUAGGUGACUGAGGGGGAUAAAAGAAUCACAUCAGGAAUAGCCUACUUCCAGAGAUACUCCAGAUACUCCGGUCAUACAAGUUUCACUUUUGCA